AGUUUCCCAGAAUCAAGGAGUAAAACAGGUUCCAGGUUACAGUUUGGGAACGGUCACUGCACAACAAAACCCAUCAGCUUGCCUUCUGUACGACGGGACCUUUUCAGUAGCAUUUCUGGUGCAUCUCUGCCUCCUCUUGACUCGCCGCCAUGAAGAUAUUGGCUCUAGGAUUUUGCUUACUGGCUCUGCUGGCAUUGGGAAAGACUCAAUCAUCAACUACAGCCAACACUACAAGCAACACUCCAACCGGGUCUACGACUACCACUACGUCUAAUGCGACCACCACAGCAGCAACCGCCACUUCAACCACCUCCCCAGCCGCCACUAUAACCACCUCCCCAGCCGUCACUACAACCACCACCCCAACCACCACUGCAACCAUUGCCCCAACCACCACUACAACCACCGCCCCAACCACCACUGCAACCAUCGCCCCAACCACCACUACAACCACCGCCCCAACCACCACUGCAACCAUCGCCCCAACCACCACUACAACCACUGCCCCAACCACCACUACAACCACCGCCACAGCCGCCACUACAACCACCGCCCCAACCACCGCCACAACCGCCACCACAACCGCCGCCCCAACCACCGCCACAACCGCCGUCCCAACCAACACUACAACCCCAAACAUGAACAACCAAACUACUACAACAACCACAAUGUCAACCACCCAAACCACCACCACCACCACUACAAUCAACGGAGGUUCGGAAGUCAUUGCUUCUCGGCUGUUGUCCAUCGUGCCAUUGUUGCUCUACGCGCUCUGGCCCUGAGCUGCAUAACUGGCCUAAAAGAACAUAAAGAUUCUUGUUCCUCAGAGUUUAUAAUUGAAGGUUGAGUUGGACUGAACGCAGAUCCAAAGAAGGGACUGAAGGAUUGAGUAAAAUCUAUGUAGGCUAGAUUAUGUAUGACAUUUCCAAAUUGUUCUUAAAUUAAUGUGUAUAUUAAUGAACGUAAGGUAUUUGUUAAAUCACCAGGUUAACAGACACAUAUAUAGUAAUGGAUCUAAACUGUACAGUGUGUGACAUCAGGAACAACUCGUUAUUGAGAAAGUGAUGAUUGAGGCUACUAAUAUGCUGUAUAAAUGUGACUGACUCAGAGCUAUUUCAAUGUGUAGUCUAAAGGCUGCGUGAGCUUUAUGUUAGCCAGAGUUAAGACCAAACUGUGAUUGUUAUACUGCGUGUAUGCUCUCAUUCAUUCAUAUAUUAACAUUAACAAAAAGGACAAACAACAUUAUAAAAUGGAUGCCAUUAUUCUUUGUUUAUUAGUUCCAUUUGGUUAAAAAGGAAUACUGUAUGUACAUCAUCAGGGUAAAGAGGAAGUACUGUGGCAGAUAUGUUAAGUAAUAAAAACAAAUAACCAA